UCAUGUAGCACCGACACUUCAACAACGUAACAUGAAAUGCAAUGAGAUGAACAGCCUUCUAACUGAGUUCAUGUUCUCUCAUGAAAUCCCAUUUACUUGUAGGAUUACCACACCGAGGGGUGCGUCAGAACAAGUGUGACAGCUGGAAGACAACAUUCUCUGUGUUGUGUGGUGGAAAACAUAGCAGAUGCCACUCACAGAUUAGCAGCUCAAGACGGCAAUGUUUAUUAAGAUCAGCAUGCAGAACCUCCCGCACCCAUUUCUCUAGUUUCACAGAAUAAUGAGGCGCACGGGACUUACAGUUCGUCCGGGACACUGCUGUGACGGCGAUCCACAGGAGCAGAAGUCGUCCACGCAUCCUUCACUGCGGCAGGGAUCCAGCACGAUCACAAACCCACAGUCAGACCCUGAAAAGCCCGACCAGAAUCACGUCAGGAGAGGGAACACAGGUAAGAGAGAGCUGUAUCUCACCAGCCUGGCGAGCUGCGGGUUGAGAGCAGCCCUGGUCACAGGCUGCCAAUUCACUGCGGACUUGCUGUUGGGACACAGAACACCGCAGACAUCAAUCCGCACCACUGAUCCGGACCUUAUUUUUAGCCCUCAUUCGAGGUCAGCAAGUCUGCCCAAGAAUCACCUGCAGGUGAAUUAAGACCUAAUCCGAGCAAACACCCUGCCACCCUGAAUCCUUAAUCACCGCCGCCCACACGGACGUCUGGACUGGUUCCGCACACACCACGACAUGGACACCAGGCGCUUCUGUGAGGAGAGGCUGAGCACCGCAGCGUUGUGACCAGCGCGGUCAAUAUCCAGGUGAACAGACAGCGCGCGCGCAAGGACCCUUUCUAAGACAAAUAUAUGUAUAUAUGCAUAUACAGUAGAGGCUGGCGCAAGUGUCUGACGUUUAAAAACGGCAUUGAGGAAAAGACGUGCGAGAACUUACGAGGAGUCAACAGUCAGAUGGAGCCGGAUUUGGAAAGCGCUGCUGAAUCACAGGUGUGUCGAGCGCCACCGUUGACGUCGUUCUACAGCUACAGCCCACCUGCUUGAGCGCCCUCUGCUGGAGGUUGAGAGCAAUCCUUUCAGAAUCAUAGUGGUCAAAUAAUUGUUUUUAUGUUAUACAGACAUUUUGUUUGUGUGUGUGUGUGUGUGUGUUAAAUGACUGUCAAAGCCUCCGCUCACAAGUCCCAUGGCGAGAAAGGCAUCAUGAAAUAAAGAUGCAGUAUGACGUGAAACAGAGAAACAGAACCACCUUGUUACUUACUGAAUGUUACUCAAUGAAACACAAAAGUCAUCAAUGGAGAUCAAACGCAUUCAUCCAUGAAGGUCUGGACGCGGAGUCACACUCAAAACUGAAGUGGAAAAACACGCCGUGGCUCAGUAGUGUGAGCAGUGUAUGACCUCCCGACAACGCCUGGUCCAUGCUCCUGAUCAGGGCCACUCCUGCAAUUCUGUGGUGCAACGUUGCGGACAAUUCAGUCCAUGGCAUCAGUUGCUUCUCUUACUUACACUGCAGCCACAUGAGGCCAGCAUCGUCUUGCAUGAAGAGGAACCGAGGGCCAACCACUCGCCUCAUCUCAUGGUAGGUAGGAAGAAGAAGUGGAGCCAGUGAGCAUGGAAGCCUGUUCUUCUCACCAAGACUAUGCUGUCUCUUAGUGACACAACUAAGACGAGCAAUGUCACUGAGACAGCAAAGUCGAUCACUGUCACUGAUGAGGCUGCGGGUCCGGACAGAGUUUCCCCUGCCAUCCUGAAGCAUUGUGCUGCUGAGCUGGCUCCAGUGUUCACUGACAUCUUCAAUGCUUCCUUGGUGUCCUGUCAUGUUCCUGCCUGCUUUAAGUCCUCCACUAUCAUUCCUGUUCCCAAGAAGACCAGGAUCACAGGACUGAAUGACUACAGACCGGUGGCACUGACGUCUGUGCUCAUGAAGUCCUUUGAGCGCCUGGUUCUCUCUCACCUGAAAUCUAUCACUGCUUCUCACCUGGACUCAUUGCAGUUUGCCUACAGAGCCAACAGAUCUGUGGACCAUGCAGUGAACCAGGCCCUUCAUUUCGUUCUGGAGCAUCUGGACUCCCCAGGAACCUAUGCCAGGAUCCUGUUUGUGGACUUCAGCUCUGCCAUCAUCCAGUCCAUCCUCACCUCCUCCAUCACCGUCUGGUGCAACAGCGCCACCUCCAGGGACAAGAGCAGACUGCAGCGCAUCGUACGUUCUGCUGAGAAGGUGAUGGGUUGCAGCCUGCCACCUCUUCAGGACCUGUGUGUCUCCAGGACCCAGAUCAUAGCCUUCGACCCUUCUCGCCCUGGACAUGGACUGUUUGUUCCUCUUCCCUCUGGCAGGAGGCUGCGGUCCAUCCAGACCAGAACCUCCCGUCACAGGAAUAGCUUCUUCCUCUUGACCAGCCGUCACACUGUUGAGUUCCUGAACAGCCUUUGUUUGUGGGUUAUUUUAUUUUAUUUUUUGACAGCACUUUAUCCCAAAGCACUUUCCUAGAUAAUAGGAUCCCCACUGACCAUGGCAAUAAAUGUGACUCUGAUUCUGAAAAACUGGUCCAACAGUAAAAACUGUUCAUGAAAGCACCUGUUGAAGUGGUUUUGACAAUUAAUUGCAACAUUAUAUGGCAAUACUUUUAUUUACACUUCAUUGAUAUAUUCUCAGCAGAUUAAAUAAAAUAUAGUCUUUUUAUUUCAUGAUAUUUAGACAUGGUUUUAUUCUAUUUAUU